CCCUCACAUGUGGUUCUGCUUGAGCGUUUAGAGUUCAACGUCUGUUCUUGCUCCCCUUGUUUGAGGCAAAACCUAGGAUAAAGAGAGUUCCCUGAGAUUAUUGCAGAGAGGGGAUAGCAGUACUGGACAAAAAUCCUUCCAAUAACAGCUUGGAAGUGCUUUCGAAGGCAUUGACAAAGGUGGUCCUCUGCUUGAUUAAUAGAAAAAAGAAAGGCAGAAUAUGAUUCCUUUUGGACUAAAAACCUUCAUGUUGUCCAGGAUGUGAUGUAUGGUGAUGGUUGUAGUGCUCUUAAUGGUCCGUGUGUAAGUGUGAGGAGGUGGGAGUGAAACAGAGCGAGGGAGAAUAGGGAGGGUGUCUUUGGGAGGAGGGAACGUAAGUGUUUGCUCAAACUGACUAGGGAUCUCGCACGUGCACAGCAGGAGAUGCAUGUGGAAGAAGAAGAAGAAGAAGAAGAAGGGUUACUGGCGGACACGCUGCGUUGGCUCUGCUUAUCAGCCAAACACUGCUGAUCUUUGGACCCUCUCUCGUUGAGCAACAGCAGUCAAGAGAUCUUUUGGACACAAAGGCAGGCAGGAGAGGACACGUUAGAUCAACGGGAAGGAGAAGAGCGCAGCUUGUGGAGGUCUUUUGAAGGAAGCGACUUUUGAUGUGAGGCUUUGGGGAGGAGAAUGAAAGAUUUAAGGGGCAAAGGGGUGGGCUGGUGGGCUUUGCAGGGUAAGAAAGUAGUUGUGGCGACAGGCAGUGCAAAGGAUUCAAGUGAGACAAGGAGGAUUUAAGAUCAGCAACACAGCAAAAGUGGACUUCAACAUGGGUGUGAAGAGCAAGGCUGCUGCAGCUAUCUUAAUUCUGCUCCUCUUCCUUGGCUCCCUCUGGCUUCAUGGAAGUUUGGAUUACCACUGGGAUGCGUGUCUCAAAGGCUACAAUCAAGUGAAUGAUCCUCACCAGCUGUCCAACAGCAGUGCCUCUAACGGGAGCGGGGGCAACCAACUCCUCGAGGUGUGCCCCGGACAGACCUUCCAGGUGUCGCUGCUGCUCAACCACCUGCUGGCGUCACCGGCCUAUACUUCUGACGUGCUGCUGCAGCCGUAUCUGUCCAGCUGGGACGAACUUGUAAAGUUUAUGGAUUCUCUGGGUCCAAUGGUUGGCCUUAUUUCUAAAGAGAUUGUAACCAAGACUUCUAUUAUUCGUGAGCUGGCUGUUUUAGCUGACGCCAACCCGGAAGCAGAGGUAAAUCCAGAAGCUGAAAGUACUUCACACCCCUCACAAGUUUCUGGUCCUUAUCAGUCGGUGCGCUCCAUGAUCUGGGUGGAGCUAAAGCGAGGCUCAGUGGACUUCCACCACCAGACGGACUCUGGUUGCAGAACUCUUCUCCGCCUGCACCGAGCUCUGCUUUGGUUGAAGCUCUUCCUGCAAAAGUUGGCUGAGAUCCCGGUAGCAGGUCGGCUCCAGAGUCCCUCAGAGCUGUGUCGUGAGGCCUAUAAGAGCACCCUGGCCAACCACCACUCUUGGUUCGUGCGCCGGGCUGCCGAGCUGGCCUUCAUCGCUUUGCCUGAGAGGGCCUUCUUCUUCAAGUUGGUGUGUGUGCAGAACCAGGAGGAACUGAGCACAGUACUGGGCCUGGCGACCCGGGCCAUAGGAGUGGUCUAUGACAGGACGCAGAAAGCCCUGGAGGAGAAUGGCAUGCUGGAUUUGCCUUAAGACAGAAGCCUUCAUUGUUCAACACUGGGCAUCAAAACUGGUCCAAAUGUGAACGCGUAGAGUAGAAAAACUCUAAUUCAAAUGUGAGGCAUUUUUUCUAACAAAAGGGCAACCCGUUUAUUCAUAGUUUUACCAUUUUGACCCGUAUUUAAUUUCAAUAGACAAAACCCAUUUUGAAGAAUAACAUGCAAACCAGCAGAUGGCGCCAAAAGACUUCUCCCUAAGAGAGCUUUUCUUCUUGGCACUCACACGAAGGCGUAGUCAUGAUGCUAAUCUAAUUUUAAGAGUCAUUAAACAACUUUGGGGCAGCUAAUAUGAGGUACAGUAGUACCUCAAUUUACAAGCUAAACUGGUUCCGUGACAGACCUCUUAAAUCAAAACACUUGUAUGUCAGAUCAACGUGUCCCAUUAUAACUAUUUGAAAAUAGUGCUUGACCUGCUCAAAACAGCACUAUUUUAACAUGUAAUCUACUUUUUAAAAAGAAACACUAACUUUUACAUAGCAAUUAUUGUAUAAUAACAAUACAAUAGAAUGUACUACAAACUACUACAGUAUUUUUAUGAAGUAUUAUAAUAAUAAUGUACAGCAUUUACCUUGAAGAGUGGAUUCCUGCGAUAGCGCCUAUCAGCUGCUUCGCCGUCAAACACAUCAUCAAAAGCUGCACCAUAUUUUCAUGGAUAAAUGUCCAGAUAUUAUUUUAUUGUCAUUGACUAGUUUUAGACUCAUUCUGCUUCAGUAGGGGGCAGACCAGCAGCGAGACGUUCUAACUGCUUGAGUCUGCUGCAGGCUUGUUCGUGUUUUUAAAUUAUUUAUUUUUUAAAUUUAAUUACUAGUACUCAGCACUGUCCUUCACACUAUUUUUUUUCCUUCCCAAAAAAUGAAAUCAUAUCGAGCUCUAGCUAAUGCUAGCGAGUAAGACCAGAUGUUUUGGGAAUGCUUCUAGCUCACAAUUUUUGUUUGCAACUCAAGGCAUAACAAUUAGCCAAGAGACAGCUCUUAUCUCAAAACACCCUUAAGUUGGUGCACUUUUAAGUAGAGGUACGACUGUAAUAUGAUUUGGUCUGUGAUCUCGCAGUCGCCUUAUAUUCGGGUCAGUGCGGAAAGUUGCUAAAGAAAAUGUCUUCCUCCCACAUGAGGAGCUCAGAGGCCUUUUAAAGGCAGCUAAUGAUGCAACUUUGGCUUUAGAAAGAAACGACAAUGCAACGUUUUCUUAAUUAAAUAUGAAUUGUUUUGAAUGGCCAGCAGAGGGCAAAUUCAAUUUGUAUGGCUUCGCUUAACUUCCAUCCAUCCAUUUUCUACCGCUUGUCCCUUUUUUGGGGUAGCGGGGGGUCGCUGGAGCCUAUCUCAGCUGCAUUCAGUGUGUGAAUGUGUGUGUGAAUGGGCGAAGGUGGAAAUACUGUCUAAGCGCUUUGGGCUCCUUAAAAAGGGGUAGAAAAGCGCAAUACAAGUACAACUCAUUUACAUUUACAUUUACACAUUCGGGCAGAAGGCGGUGUAAACCCUGGACAAGUCGCCACCUCAUCGCAGGACGCUUCGCUUGACUUAUUACAUUUUAUUAAUCACUUUAAAUAAUGCCAUGGUUUUCAAAGUGGGGGGCAAUAGAAUACUUCAGGGAACUGAGGAAAAUGAACCCCAAAAUUUUUUUUUUCUAAAAUAGUCGGCUACCUUUAGCUAUACAUGGUAAAGGCUUACCCGGGGUUUGUUUUUUGUGUGAAUCCGCCAUUUUGUAUAUAGUUUUAGCAUUUGUUGUCUGAAGGAGGUUUGACCAAAGUAUUACACAAAGACCGAAAAUGCUGUGUUGUUGGUUGUUUCAACCAGCACAAGUCACUACAUAAACUUUCAGCCUCGUUGGAAGUUAAAAAAAAAAGCAAUACUUACUUUUAACUUUUAUGAUUCAAGGCAUUGGACGUUCAACUCGAAAAGCUUUGGAUGGAUGGAUUUUCCGAAAAACUACUUUCAAUGACGUGCCCGGUGACUACUAUUUAUGGCAAUAGACAAAGAAACGGUUAGAAAUGUGUAAUCGAUAUGUUAGUGAUGUUAGCUCCAUGUGUUGUGUAGCUAACUUAGCCUUCUAAUUUUAGACAAAAUAAAGAAUGAUUUUCCUAAACACUAACAUUAAUUGGAUCAGCGCCUAGUGUGUUUGGCAAUGGACCAGUUAGUAAUAUAAUCCGUUAUUACAUUCACAGUGUCGCUCGUACAAGUGCUCAAAGCAGUAGCAAUGAUAGUAUUAACAUGAUAUAGAAUAUAAAAGCAUUUUACUGUCAAUAUCCACGUGGAUAGGUCCAGUAGUUAGCAUUAGAGCGAUACAGACUUUGUAGAGGUGUAUCCUCAGUGUAUAGUUACAUACCUGCAAUCUAUUGCGUCUGCUUUCUUUUUCUCAUCAACCCGCAUAGUCUCCUUAUUGCGCCGACACAAAAACCCUGUGAGUCGUUGGUCUUGCUAUAUCAUCAGGGAUGUUGUGUCGUGGCGAAAGUCACUCAAAAAAACAGAUGGCUCGUGUCGGUCAUCAAUGUCCAAAGUGCACAAUUAAAGGUAGAAACCUAAAAACUAGGGGCCGUGGUAAGGAGGGGUUCUUUUGCAAACAUUUUUUUACUGAAGAACCAUCAUUACAUGUUAUGUAGCCAAAAAUGAAGUGUUUUAAAAAUAGGAAAAACAUUUUAAUAUGACCCCUUUAAGUUAUUUUAUGUGUAAGGCCCCGUGAUACGUGAACCUGAGGGCCCCCGUUUACAUGCGAAUAACCUGAAUAACAGGGGUCUUUAUAUCAACCAAUUUCUGUCACUUAUAAGUAUAUAAAGGCACAUUUCCCCUGCCAUUUACUAGGUCCCAUGCGGUGUGCCGUGUUAGUGCUAGUCUUGCGAGCAGAAGUUCUGGCUUCGAACCUGGCCCAAUAUUUUUCAGGUGGAUAUGUAAAUGUAUUAUUUAUCCAUCCAUCCAUCCAUUUUCUACCGCUUGUCCCUUUUGGGGGUCGCAGGGGGUCGUUGAGCCUAUCUCAGCUGCAUUCAGGUGGAGGGCAGGGUACACCCUGGACAAGUCGCCACCUCACCGAAGGGCCAACACAGAUAGACAGGCUACAUUCACACUCACAUUCACACACUAGGGCCAAUUUAGUGUUGCCAAUCAACCUAUCCCCAGGUGCAUGUCUUUGGAAGUGGGAGGAAGCCGGAGUACCCGGAGGGAACCCACGCAGUCACGGGGAGAACAUGCAAACUCCACACAGAAAGAUCCCGAGCCCGGGAUUGAACCCAGGACUACUCAGGACCUUCGUAUUAUGAGGCAGAUGCACUAAACCCUCUUCCACCGUGCUGCCCAUGUAUUAUUUAUUUGCAUACAAUUUUAUUUUUCCUUAAGGAACUCUCCUGAAGGAAUCAAUAAAGUGCUAUCUAUCUAUCUAUCUACAGUUAUUGAACAAUGUAGUUCCUGUGAAUUCGUUUUAGUACAAAACUUGCAUCAAAUUGAAUUAACAUUGUAUUAAAAAAAGUAUAGAAGUAGUUUUGAAAAAAACAAAAACAGUUUUUUGAAAAAUCUUGUCACUUCAAAUAACAAAAUAUGCUGCAGAAAAUCAGUUUUGUGAAAUAUGCGCAAGACUCCGGUUAUCUUUUGUUCUCAUUUAUAAAUGAUAAAUGGGUUGGACAUGUAUAGCGCUUUUCUACCUUCAAGGUACUCAAAGCGCUUUGACACUACUUCCACAUUUACCCAUUCACACACACAUUCACACACUGAUGGAGGGAGCUGCCAUGCAAGGCGCUAACUAGCACCCAUCAGGAGCAAGGGUAAAGUGUCUUGCUCAGGACAAAACGGACAUGACGAGGUUGGUACUAGGUGGGGAUUGAACCAGGGACCCUCGGGAUGUGCACAGCCACUCUCCUACUGCGCCACGGUCCCUUUUAAGUUUACUUUCCACUUUAAAAAAUAUCUGAAUGAAAAUGUCUGAUGUUUGUCCAGUACAGAAUGAAAUUAAUUCCGCAUCUUAUUGAUUGUGAAGGUAAUGGCUCUAUUCACGUGACCAAAAAAAGUAUUUUUUAGGCUACUUUUACAGCAGUCAUGAAUAACCCUCACCUUAACCAGGGACGGCGUGGCUCAGUGGGAGAGUGGCUGUGCGCAUCCCGAGGGUCCCUGGUUCAAAUCCCACCUAGUACCAACUUCGUCACGUCCGUUGUGUCCUGAGCAAGACACUUCACCCUUGCUCCUGAUGGGUGCUGGUUGGCGCCUUGCAUGGCAGCUCCCUCCAUCAGUGUGUGAAUGUGUGUGUGAAUGGGUAAAUGUGGAAGUAGUGUCAAAGCGCUUUGAGUACCUUGAAGGUAGAAAAGCGCUAUACAAGUACAACCCAUUUAUUUAUUUAUUCAACCCUUUAAACACUGCUGAAAAGAGCCUUAAACUUAUAAUAUCAUGUGCCUUUCUUUGACUGUUCAAUGUCACUUAAUGUAAAUACAGUCACUGUUUUUAGAAUCGGUGUUAGAAAAUGCUAUGACAAAAUCGAUAACCGAUAACAUACGUGUCCUCAGUAGUGGACAUUUGUUUUGGGGCUAUUUAUCUUUUGGAGGAUAUAGCACUCUUAUGCAAAACACAAAUGUCCACUGCAGAGGACUCUCAGGAGUAUAUACAGUUUAAAAUGGGCUAUAAUGUGAAACAGACUUUCUACGGAACUCCUGUAUCACAUCCUUAAGGUUGAUUUAAACUAACUUUUAAUAGUGUAGAGUCUGUGCACUACCUCAAAAGUAUCGCCGUCUUAAUGAAUGUGUGCGCUGGGACCUAAUUGUUUAAAGCGGAUGCUGGACAAAUAUGGUGCUUCAUUCAUUUUGAUAUGUGAGGCAUGAAUGUGUUGUUAAUUUAUAUGUUUUGUACUGUAUUACAUCUCUCAAUAAAAAUAAUGUUUCUCUAACAAGGGUGUGUGGGUUUUCUGGAUUUUCCUGCAAAGUGAAUACUGACACUGGUCUUGAUGAGACUAUUUUGGGCCCACAAAUACCAAUAAUUCCAGGUAAUCCUUCCUGUUUCCCUUUUCCUGCUCUCUCUUUCUAAGAAGACAAAGCAGACAAAGGUGACGAGAGGUAAGAAGAGACACAGGAGAGUAAGACUUGGAAGGAUACACACACACCUUUUGAUUUGAUCAACAUUUUGGGUCAGUCUGUAAUAGGAAUGAGUGUCUUUUACAUUUGCACCAAUACGAUACCAACUCUCGAUAUCUGGCAAUUGGUAUCGGUACUUAGUCAACAGUAUUUUAUUUUU